AUGGGAGUCUGUGGGGAGCUGGUCAAGACCAUCAAAAUCGACUACGCGGCUCCGAUUCGAGACGUGUACGCCGAUUUCGCGAGGAGCCGGAUCGAGGCGGACGGUGAGCUCUUAACGCUUCUUGCGGCUGGAUCGUGUGCUCCACACAAUGGAGAGGAUAUCAACCUUCCUUUGUGGGUCCCGGAUCUCCGCGGCACGGCUGGUGUUGACACCAGAUACCUGAGUGGUGCUUACCUCGGAACGUACAAUGCCGACGGCAACGAGGGUUUGAAUCCUUUCUUUGCAUUUUCCACGCGUGGCGAGGACCAUAUCCUCGAGGUUGACGCCUUGAUCUGCGACUCUGUCCAGGUCCACAUGAAACAUGAGAACAACAACGAGGACCACCGCGAGACCCUCAUCGACACCUUUUGUAGGACGGCCGACGGAAACGACUUCUCGGCCGCCAAGCUGCGCCAGUACUUCGAGGUCAUCAGCUUUGGAAAACCUGUACUCGCCGCAGGCAAAGGGCAACUUGAUAGGAGACAGAAGAAGGUUAUGGAGAGGCUGGCACUUGGCAUGUUCGAAAGCCUAGAACACCGCCAUGGCCCCCAACAGGCCCUCAUAGACUUCCUAAAGUCCUUCCGGGAAAUCGGGAUCGACCUACUCGACAAGCACUCCUCCCAGAUCUCACCAGACUUCGGUCCUGACGAGCUCCGCCGCGAUGAGGCCGAGUACUUGUUGCGCACCGGUGCGAAUGGGGAAUCAGCCAUGUUCUCCACGGCCAAUGGUUGCCUUGGUAUUGGCCCUCAGACUCUAGAGCAAGGAGAUUUGGUUGCUAUUGUACAGGGAUCGCGGGUCCCGCUACUAUUGCGACGGCGGGAUGACUGUUUUACACUCGUUGGCCCUGUUUAUGUCUCCAACAUCAUGCAAGGGGAGGCUGUUUCUGGUGGCCACGACUCAAUCAAUCAGCCCUUUGAACGGAUAGAGAUCAUGUAG